AUGCAAAUAUGGCUGGCCACUUACGCAUUAUCGAAGAGAGAAUCUGAUAGACAUUUACAAGUGCUUCAACUAAUAGAUCCUGCCAUUGUUGCUUAUGUUGAGAGUCUAGAAUUGGAAAAGUGGGCUCCUCCUUAUUGUCCAGGAGACAGGUACAACAUAAGGACAAACAACGCUGAUGAAAGCCUUAAUAAUGUGACAAAAGAAUUCUGGAAAUAUCCAAUAACUACUCUAGUUGAAUUCAUAAGGUUCACACUGCAAAAUUGGUUUGCUGACUGUCUCGAAAAGGUAAGUAAGUGCACUACCCCUUUAGCAACUCAUUUUGAGGAAGAUUUAGUAAAGCAACACGAGGAUGGUAGGUUUAGAAACGUCCUACGUAACUGUGCACAUUUGUUUAACGUUGGUAGAGGUUCUGAGGGUGAGAAAGGUGGUGAUGUGAACUUAGUUAUGAAAACAUGUACAUGCGGCAUGUUCCAAUUGUUAAAAAUUCCUUGUCCCCAUGCAUGUGUCGCGGCAAUUACUCAGAAUGUCAGCCUGUACGCUUUGUCCUCCCUUUAUUACACAAAAGAGGCGUGGAAGAAUACUUACGAUGCAACAAUUAAUCUUGUCGGUGAGGAGGAUGAUUGGGUGCUUCUGGAACACAUGCAGAACAUGAGAGUCGGGGUACCAGUGGAGAAGAUACCCGUAGGUUAUCCAAGGAAGAACAAUUUAGGAAGAGUACAGAGUAACCGAUAUCCAUUUAACGGUGAAAAAGUUGUGGAACAUCGCCAUUGUUCAAACUGUGGUGGCUUGGGCCACAACAAAGCUACAUGA